AAAGACGUUCAGAUAGCUAGAGCUAGCUACCCUGGUUAGUCUCCCAUUCUAUGUGCAUCAUUGCCUGGUCCUGGUAGCUCUGUGUCGCUGCGGGCUGUGUCAUGGUGUCCAAGCGUGAAGCAUCCGUCAAUUCCUUCGUGCGAGAUAUCCCUCAAUCGCAACUGCUUUACGCAGCAGCUUUUGGUAUUGUGAGGGGUUUAUGCCUGAUCUCGCUCGCAAGUCACUAGCGCGCUGCUUACCCUGGGGAUCACAGCCAGCAAUGCUGCUGUUGCAGCGGGUAGGUUGGCUGCCCGAUGAGCAACCGACUUCGUGGAAGAGAUGGCUCUCAAGUCUUGACAUCAUAGGGGAACAUCGGCCUUCGGGCUUAGUCGCCGAUGAGUCAUUGCCGAAAAGCGCGGUGUCGUUAGGUGCAGGGGAGGUGAGCCGGGAGACUCAGUGUACGGGGCCGGCGCUGAGCUCCGGCAGGGAGGGUGGACCUUCUCCGCACGCCACGCGGCGUCUCUGCCGACGCCGGCGAUGGCCAAGUUACACAGUAGUACUAGGACUAGCGCCGAAGGCUGUCGUCAUUUCUGUUUUCCCGGUGACGAGGAGGGGUUCGGAUUGCAAAUCGCCGGUAAACCCGAGCCAGUUCGGUGUUUUUAACCUCUCCCCUCCCGGAGCCCCAAACCCCCCUUUCGGUCUGUUCGCCCCCAUCCGUCUGCAGCCACGCACCCUGCCUGUCAUCCACUCUCCACCACCAAAUCGCUCCCAUCACCCCUCACCAACUCGACGACGACCACGACCACCACAACAACCACAACCCGGAAUCACCCCCGCACCCGCCCACCCCAUCACCAUGUCCCGCCCGCGCGUCAUCCUCGGCCUGAUGACCUUCGGCCCGGACGAGGCGGCCGGCGCGCGCGUGACGGACCCGGCGGCGUUCACGCAGGUGCUGGACCGCUUCCAGGCGCGCGGCUACGGCGAGGUCGACACGGCGCGCACGUACGUCGGCGGGCGGCAGGAAGGCUGCACGCGCGCGGCGGGCUGGCGCGAGCGCGGGCUGCGCCUCGCCACCAAGGUCCGCUAUCCCGCUGCCGGCGGGGAGAACACGGCCGAGGGCGUGCGGGAGUCGGUCGCGGCUAGUUUAAGGGAGUUGGGGUUGGACGGGGUGGAGGGGGGGAAGGUGGAUAUUUUGUAUUUGCAUGCUGCGGACCGCGCAACGCCCUUCGCCGAGACGCUCCGCGCCAUUAACGAGCUGCACCAGGCCGGCAAGUUCGUCCGGUUCGGCCUGUCCAACUUCACGGCCUUCGAGGUGGCCGAGAUCGUCAUGACGUGCAAGUACAACGGCUGGGUGCGCCCGACGGUCUACCAGGCCAUGUACAACGCCAUCACGCGCGCCAUCGAGCCCGAGCUGGUCGUCGCCUGCCGCCGCUACGGCCUCGACAUCGUCGUCUACAACCCGAUCGCCGGCGGCCUGUUCUCGGGCAAGAUCAAGUCCAAGGACAUGGUCCCCGCCGAGGGCCGGUUCAGCGACAAGGCGGCCUCGGGCCGCAUGUACCGCGACCGCUACUACCGUGACUCCACCUUCCGGGCGCUGCAGGUGGUCGAGCAGGCCGUCGAGAAGGCCGGGCUGACCAUGAUCGAGACGGCGCUGCGGUGGGUGGUGCACCACUCGGCGCUCCGGGUCACCGACGGCAACGACGGCGUCAUCAUCGGCGUGUCGAGCCUCGAGCAGCUCGAGGCCAACCUGACCGACCUCGAGAAGGGCCCGCUGCCGGACGAGGUCGUCCGCGCGCUGGACGAGGCCUGGGCCAUCAACAAGGCUGACGCGCCCGUCUACUGGCACAAGGAGCUCAAGUACACGUACGACACGCGCGAGGCCCUGUUUGGCGCGGGGGCCCAGUAGGCUGCCAUUGACUUGCCGUCGUGGAGGGCAAAAGACACUGAACGUCAGUCCUUGUGGGAUGGGCAGCAAGCGUGCAACUCUCGUAGGGAAGCUCGUCGACAUCCGUUUGCCUGUCGAUGGCAGCUCCCGGGUUGUCUGAGCUUUAUCACGCCGGAGGUCACUGAAGGACAGGUGAUGGGCAACCAAUAUGAGCGAUGAAGGUCUUGGACU